UGUAGUGGGUGACAGUUUCCGCAAAACCCAGAUCUGGUCCGUUUCAUUUCGUUUCCUUCUUUGGAAACUGGACAGCAACCCCGAUCUAUCUAGUUCUAGCAACGUAUCAGUGUGCUCAUCACUGAUUCUGAUAUUUUUGUUGUUUAGAUCCCAAUGGGAAGCACUAGUUUGUUACAUCUGUUCUGUUUUGUUUUGGCGUUUCUGGGUGUAUCUUUGGUGAAAGCAGAAGAUGCAUAUAAGUUCUACACAUGGACUGUGACUUAUGGGACUCUUUCUCCUCUGGGUGCUCCUCAGCAGGUUAUUCUUAUCAACGGACAAUUUCCUGGUCCUAGACUUGACUUGGUAACUAAUGACAAUGUCGUUCUCAACCUUAUCAACAAGCUGGACGAGCCAUUUCUGCUCACUUGGAAUGGCAUUAAGCAAAGGAAAAAUUCAUGGCAAGAUGGUGUAUUGGGAACCAAUUGCCCAAUUCCUCCAAACUCAAAUUACACGUACAAGUUUCAGACCAAGGAUCAGAUAGGAACCUACUCCUACUUCCCAUCAACUCAACUGCACAAAGCGGCUGGAGGGUUUGGUGGACUCAAUGUCUAUCACAGAUCCGUCAUCCCUAUUCCCUAUCCUAACCCUGAUGGAGAUUUUACUUUACUCGUUGGAGAUUGGUACAAGACCAGUCACAAGACAUUAAGGGGAACGUUGGAUUCGGGAAAACCUCUUGCCUCUCCUGAUGGCCUCCUCAUAAAUGGCCAGACUCAUACAACCUUCUCUGGGGACCAAGGGAAGACCUAUAUGUUCAGGGUCUCAAACGUGGGCUUAUCGACCUCAAUUAACUUCAGAAUUCAGGGCCAUGCCUUGAAACUUGUUGAGGUUGAAGGAUCGCAUGUUGUCCAGAACCUAUAUGACUCUCUUGACAUUCAUGUUGGCCAAUCAGUCUCUGUAUUAGUAACCUUAAAUCAGCCUCCAAAAGAUUACUACAUUGUUGCCUCAACAAGGUUUACAAAGCAAGUUCUCACAUCAACUGCGGUUUUACACUACAGUAACUCUCACUCCCCAGUUUCCGGACCCUUGCCUGCCCCUCCCCCUUCUGAAUACCAUUGGUCUAUGCAGCAAGCUAGAACCUACAGAUGGAAUCUGACAGCAAAUGCUGCUAGGCCUAAUCCACAAGGAUCAUUCCAUUAUGGGAAGAUCACUCCGACAAAGACGAUUGUGUUGGCCAAUUCAGCUCCUUUGAUAAACGGAAAACUACGUUAUGCUGUUAACAAGGUCUCUUAUGUUAACCCUGAUACCCCUCUCAAGCUUGCUGAUCACUUCAACAUCCCGGGAAUCUUCAGCGUGGAUAAAAUGCAAGUCACUCCAUCCAAUGGUCCAGCUUCCAUAGCUACCUCUGUCCUCCAAUCUUCUCUCCAUGAUUUUCUCGAGAUUGUUUUCCAGAACAACGAGAACACAUUACAGUCUUGGCAUCUUGAUGGUUACGAUUUUUGGGUAAUUGGAUACGGUUCAGGCCAAUGGACGCCAGACAAGAAAAGCACCUAUAAUCUAGUGGAUGCCCUUACCAGACACACUGCUCAGGUAUAUCCGAACUCGUGGACAACAAUAUUGGUGUCGCUGGACAACCAAGGAAUGUGGAAUAUGAGGUCAGCAAUAUGGGAAAGGCAGUAUCUUGGGCAACAGUUCUAUCUGAGGGUGUGGGAUGCACAGAAAAGUCUUGCUAAUGAGUAUGAUAUUCCCAGCAAUGCUCUCCUUUGCGGCAAAGCUGUUGGACAUCACCCUUAAUUUGCAUCAUCCCUUUAUUCUUUUUGGUGUAUUUGAUAGUCAUGAGAGCUUGACUAAGAGAAACAUUAGAGGGGGAAAACACAUACAGAAGAGUUAAUUUAAUUUAUAAAGUUUAUGGCAGUCUUGUUAGAAAAGUGCACCGGGCUGGCUCGGUGGCUUGCAAAUCUAGUAUUACUAUUCAUGGCCAGCAUUUUAUGGGCCAAAAUUAAA